GGAAGCUUUAUCCGGAGCGCGACGUCCACGGCACUUUGCGCGAGUAUUUGUGGAGAGCAAAUCGAAGCGCGGGCCAAAUGCAUCGCCUGCCUCGUGAUCCAUUUUUGCGAUCGCCGCUUCGAUUGGGGAAUCUGCUGCGGACAGGAAGAUCUCGCUGCGACAUGGAGAACGAGCCCGCAAGUGCUACUAAGGACGGGUCCCUCCAUGGCUACGAAUCGCUCCAUCGCUUGUUGUCCUCGGAGCUUCCACCGCAUCUCUUCCAAGAGGUGAGUCGCGUAUUGUACGGGUGCAACAGAGGUAGUGCUGUCACUCCUGUCCCACAGACGGAGGACCUUAGUGCUGCAGCGAAGGAAGGGAAUUUCGAUGUGCAGACAUUCGAGUUCACGGCGGAUCUGGAGCAGAUGCGGGCUCCACGGAACGUUUGCGUGGGCUUGAUCCAGAAUGCAAUAGUACUACCUACGACCGAACCCUUCUUGAAGCAGAAACAUGCUAUCAUGGAACGAGUCACCUCUCUCAUCGAAUCUGCUGCCAAGGCUGGCGUCAACAUUCUCUGUCUACAGGAAGCCUGGACAAUGCCCUUCGGUUUUUGUACGCGUGAGAAGCGAUGGUGCGAAUUUGCUGAGAGUGCUGAAGCAGGGGAAUCAACAAAACUCCUGCAAGGACUCGCGCAGAGGUAUAAUAUGGUGAUUGUGAGCCCAAUCUUAGAGCGGGACGAGUCCCAUGGGAGCACCAUCUGGAACACUGCUGUAGUAAUUGGCAACCAUGGAAAUGUCAUUGGAAAGCACCGAAAGAACCACAUUCCACGAGUAGGAGACUUUAACGAGAGUACCUAUUACAUGGAAGGCAAUACUGGGCACCCUGUUUUCGAAACCGAAUUCGGAAAGAUUGCUGUGAACAUAUGCUACGGAAGACACCAUCCCAUGAACUGGCAAGCGUUCGGCAUGAACGGAGCCGAAAUCGUAUUUAAUCCAUCUGCAACUGUUGGUGAUCUUAGCGAGCCCAUGUGGCCAAUUGAGGCGCGAAAUGCCGCCAUUGCCAAUAGUUACUUCGUAGGAGCCAUUAAUCGUGUUGGAACGGAGGUUUUUCCCAACGAGUUCACUUCAGGCGAUGGGAAACCGGCUCACAAGGACUUCGGUCACUUUUAUGGCUCAAGUUUCGUUGCCGCUCCAGAUGCAUCGUGCAGCCCAAGUUUGUCUCGGUGCCGGGAUGGUUUGCUGGUGGCAAAGCUUGACCUGAAUUUAUGCCAGCAAUUGAAGGAUAAGUGGGGGUUUAGAAUGACUUCCCGGAUUGACAUGUAUGCAGAUUUCUUCCGGGAAUAUGUACAGCAUGACUUCAAGCCUCAAGUGAUUCAUGACUCUUAUCUAGAUGGAUUGCCUGCAAUGAACAGUAGGACAACUUAGGAGAUUUUCAUUGCAAGAGACCUGUGCACAGUACCGUUUUAUGUAAUACUUGUAUAGAUAUGUGGAUAGCUUAAAGCGAGCUUCUUUGUAGCGGGCCUGUACAGGUCAAGAUUCUGAUCACAGAGUUAAGCAAAGCAUUGAAUAACCUUUCUUCUGUAACAUUCAACUAUGGUACCCAUUUGAUUUGACAUUAGACGAGCUCUCUAAGUGCACUCUGGAUGAGCAGAUACAUAACUGUUUAGUGCAUUUUGUACAGAUCGAUAGCUGACAGCCCUGGAAAUUUCUAGAAAUAAAGCCAUAUUGGAGAUUACGGUA